AUGGCUCCUACUCAGAAGCUCUACCCCCGAGGGACAGUGAAGCGCAUUGUUAAGGCUCACUCGAACAAGAGUGUUAGCAAGAAUGCCGAUAUCCUGUGCGCCUGUUCAUCUAGAAAACACUACGCAAAUUCCAAGGAUGAUGAUAUUGAGGUUUUACAACUGGUAUUUACUUGGUCAAUACACGUGUAA